GCUCGGCUGGGCCCACGGGCCGCUUGUGCCAUAUAGUAUGCAGCGAGCGGAGGAGUCACGUUGGGGGGAGCCGCGGCGAGGAGUGAUCCGUUUACACUACUUUGCUAGAGCAGCUAUCUUAAUGGUUACUGCGUGGCCGGGAGGAAACCUGAUCGGCUAGAUCCAGCCGAAAGCAGGAGUGGACUUUGCGGCGAGAGAGAGAGAGAGAGAGAGAAAGGGGGGCGGGGGGGGGAACAUGUCUUCUGCCUCCCCCACGGACAAGCUCCCGAGCGCGGUGGUGAUCAAGCAAGAGAAUGUGAUGGAAAUCCUCUCCGAAGCAGGCACGGUGCCCCAGGAAAGGGCAGCCCUCCACCCUGCACCACCGCCCCCGCCGGCUGCUGCCCCUUUCCCCAUGGAGCAAGCAGGCUCCGCGGCUGCGGGGGAGGGAGCUGCGGAUCAGAUACGGCUCCACGCUGAACUUUUGGCCAGGAAUCACCAUGCCGCCUCCGCCUCCUCCUCCUCUCCCUCCUCCUCCUCCUCCCAGACCCCCCUGGCUUUCUCCCCGGAUCAUGUAGCCUGUGUCUGCGAGGCGCUGCAGCAAGGUGGGAACCUGGACCGCCUGGCCAGGUUCCUCUGGUCUUUGCCCCAGAGCGAUCUGCUACGUGGCAACGAGAGCCUGCUGAAAGCCCGGGCGCUGGUGGCUUUCCACCAGGGCAUCUACCCGGAGCUCUACAGCAUCCUGGAGGGCCACAGCUUCGACUCCUCCAACCACCCGCUGCUGCAGGAGCUGUGGUACAAGGCUCGCUACACCGAGGCGGAGCGAGCCCGGGGCAGACCCCUGGGGGCGGUGGACAAGUACCGGCUGCGGAGGAAGUUCCCCCUGCCGCGGACCAUCUGGGACGGCGAGGAGACGGUGUAUUGCUUCAAGGAGAAGUCCCGCAACGCGCUGAAGGAGCUCUACAAGCAGAACCGGUACCCGUCGCCGGCCGAGAAGCGGAACCUGGCCAAGAUCACCGGGCUCUCCCUCACCCAGGUCAGCAACUGGUUCAAGAACCGGCGGCAGCGGGACCGCAACCCCUCCGAGACCCAGUCCAAGAGUGAGUCAGAUGGCAACCCUAGCACAGAAGACGAAUCCAGUAAGGGACAGGAGGAUUUAUCUCCACAUCCACUCCCCAGCUCGUCUGAUGGAGCUACCAGCCUAAGCCUUCCCAAUCACAUGGAGCCAGUGUACAUGCAGCAGCUUGGAAACACAAAAAUAUCUUUAAGUUCUUCUGGUGUUUUGCUGAAUGGAAACCUAGUUCCUGCCAGUACUUCUUCUGUCUUUAUUAAUGGGAGCUCUUUUCUUCAGGGACCCAAUGGAGUAAUCCUCAAUGGUCUCAACAUGGGGACUUCACAAACAGUAACUUUAAAUCCACCCAAAACAACUUCAAGUGCUGUGAGCAAUGGAGUGUCAAUCACUGACAUAUUAGUGUCUUCUUCUGAAGAUGUCAAGGACUUCAAAAUCCUCCAGGCUUCUGUGUCUAACUCUGCAGCAGCACCAACACCAUACAGCCCCAGUAAUGUACCUGUCUCAUUUCCAGGGUUAAUACCAAGCACUGAGGUGAAAAGGGAAAGCAUACAAACUGUUGCUUCUCAAGAUGGAGGGUCUGUAGUUACUUUUACUGCUCCUGUCCAAAUAAACCAGUAUGGCAUUGUCCAGAUCCCUAAUUCAGGAACAAAUGGCCAGUUGCUUAAUGGAAGCAUCGGGUUUUCUCCUCUGCAGCUGCCUCCUGUUUCUGUGGCAGCUUCACAAGGUAACAUUUCAAUAAAUCCAAGUACAUCAGAUGGGGGGACUUUUACAAGUGAUUCUUCAACAGUGCAGCAAGGAAAGGUUUUCUUUAGCCCUCUUGCUCCCAGUGCAGUGGUGUAUACAGUUCCCAAUUCAGGUCAGGCAAUAGGAUCUGUUAAACAAGAAGGAUUGGAAAGAAGCCUUGUGUUUUCUCAGUUAAUGCCCGUCAGUCAGAAUGCACAACUAAAUGUAAACGUAUCUUCUGAAAAUGUAGCUGGUGGAGGCCUCCAGUCCAUGGCUUCCUCCUUAGUAAAUGUAACUCCCUCACAUAAUUUUUCCCUAGCUCCACCUUCUCUUUUAAAUGCUGCAGAACUGAACUCUGGUAUCUCAGAGAGUCAGUCUAUGUCAGCAUCUGUAACAAAUACAUCUACUGUGAUAUCAGUCAGCAACAGUAACUAUGCAACUCUUCAGAACUGUUCCCUCAUUACCAGUCAAGAUCUCAUGUCAAUGUCUACAGCACAGCCUGCACUCCGGGAAAUAGUUUCUGCAACUGGAGACCAUGUCAGUCAUCCAUCUGCACAAGUUCAUCCGGAUUUUGUCAGAGAGCACAGGUUAGUUCUGCAAUCAGCACCUGAUGUCAAGGAGAAUUUCUUAUCCAAUUCUGAGAGUAAGUCAACCAGCAACUUAAUGAUGCUGGACCCAAAAUCCAAAUAUGUUAUGAGUAAUAUGGUUGACACGGUCUGUGAAGAACUGGAAACGGACAAAAAAGAGCUUGCCAAACUCCAGACAGUUCAGAUGGAUGAAGAUAUGCAAGAUUUUUAACUUUUUCUUGCGUUUGGUUUCAGUAGAUAAGUCUCCUCAUGAGGCCCUAAAAAGCAUCAUGUUUUUUCUCAUUUAAAGAAAAUGCUAAUACAAUUCAAAACAGAAGAACAUUUGAGUAAUCUGCAUUAAAGUACAUGGGAAUCUACAAUAAUGGAAUUAGGUUGCCACAUUUUGUUUGCAUGCAAUAUGUUCUUUUAACCAGACUAAGGGAGGCAGGUUAGAAGAAAUACAAUCUAAACAACCAAGGAAAUGUGCGUUGCUCUGGUCUACUAAUAUAACCCUAAUAGUUUGACUAGAAUCUCAUGCCACAACAGAAUUUCAUAAUUAAGUAUACACUCCUAAUAUUAGCUAGGAAAAUGAAAUAUCUUUAUAAAAAGGUAGAAACAAUGCAGUCUUUGUUGUUUACUUCUAGUCCAUGGGCAUGGAACAGAUUUUAAGGAAAUAGACGAUACCUCACAAGCUACUUUCAUGGUGUUUGAGGUUAAGAAACUAAACACAAUUGCAAAUAAUAUUGUUGCUGUUUUUUCCAGCAGACUUCUGUUCAUCCCAAAAAUCUUGCUUCAAACUUUUGCAGAUUUCUAAAUGUUAUGACUAGCAUUUUGCCAGUUCAGUGGAGAAGGGCGGCGGGGGGCGCAUUUGAAACUCUAAUUAUGCAACUCUAAAGCUUUCACUCCAGUAUGAAUGUAAAUAUUAUUUCAGUUAUUAUAAAGGAGACUUUUUUAUUAGUACAAUGGAUUUUAUUUAUGGUUUACGUUGGUCUCUUUCACUUUAGAUACAGUGCAUUGAAAUGUUUUCUGACUGUUUAAUUUAUUUUUAUUGUUUGAACAGGAAGUAAACAGUUAUUUUCAACAAGGUUUUACUUUUUUGUAGGAUUUUCAAGUGAUGAGUUUUAUCAAUAGACUGUAAAAGAACAAUGUUAAUCACACUGAAGCUAGAAAAUGAACUCCCACUAUUGCAAGACUGGGACAUUUUUCUCUCCCAUCUUUGUGUUUGGGGUUUUUUUUUUGUUAUGUUUUGUUUACUUAGUAAUUUUCAAAUUAGUUAAAUGUAUUUUUACAGAAUUCCACGUGCCUUUCUUCCUAGUGGCCUUAUAUCCUUGUUACUAAAGCACAGUGGCAAGAGAAAUGAAAACACUUGUGUGCAAUUAUCCAUCCUCAGGGCCAGAUUCUGCCAGCCUUACUCUUGUGAGUAGCUCCACUGAAGUCAAUGUGUCUACUUUCCUGAGUAAGACAAGUUGGUCUCUGGGUCAUUUUGGGUGAAAUUUGUCAGUUGUGUGGAGGGCCAGAGUUUGGCCCUCUGCACCAUUUAAGCCCUGCAGAGGGGGGUCCACAGAGGUACAGUGGGCAGAGCAACCAUGAAGAAAAGCCUCACAUAGGCCAGUAUGGACAGCUAUGAUGGGCUAGGCCAGGGAAGGUGGUUCUAUAUUUACAAGGUUCCACUGGCCCCAAAACCUCAGGCAACUGGUGUGGAGGGGUUGUAGCUGCUGUUCCAUCACAGAGGCCCUGAUUCACAAAUGCACAAAAACAUGUAUUUAUGUGCCCUUCCUAAACAAAGGGAUGCUUUCUUCAACAGGGCCAUAGGCUGCAACAGGAACCCCUAAUGGUUUGAGGGAGAUGUGGAGCGGCGGUAUUUGCUGGCUCUGAGUUGGGGAAAGAUUUCAGCUCCCUACCCCUCUGCACUCCACUCACAACACUCAGGCUCCAUACGAAUGGAGCAGAUUUCACCAUUUGUCUAUAGGAUUUUUUUUUUAACAUGAAAAAGCACAACCUUAAGCUUUAAUAAUAAUAAUAAUAAUAAUGCAGAUCUAUGAAGAACUACUCGCUGUUGUGUUGUUUUUUUUUUUUAACUCUAAUGUGAAUAUAAACAGUACUUAAAGCAUGAAUUAAUCCUCCUAAAAGGCCUGGUCCAAAGCCCAUUGAAAUCAGUAGAAAUGCUUUCAGAGUCUUCAAUGGACUUUCAGUCAGGCCUGACAUGAACUGAUGUAGAACAUCUUUUGUAAAAAAGACAAAAACAAUGUAAAGGAAAGCAAAUAGAGAUAAUGUCAGUUCUGUCCAGGAGCAUCCCUGUCUCAUCCUGUCUUGAUAGCUAACUGGGUCUAUCUAAAUUUUUUAAAGGAAGGGCUUUUUCCAUGUGCUGUGUGACACUAGGAUAGCCUCACUGUUGUUUUGCACUAUAUUGCAUACAAUUUAUUCUUGUAAGUAACAGCAUGGAACCUCUAAGCUGAGCAGAGAAUCGUUCCAUUCAACACUGCAGCCCAAGUCUGGGGGAAGGGGCAGGAAGGAAGUAUAUGUUUUGUAAAAAGAGGUCAUUGAGGCUUUCCAAAGUAUAUGGAGAAAAGAAAGCAACUAGCCAUUUGGCUACCUCCCUGACUUGCAUAAAUGUUGUUAAAAGCAAGCCAUUUAAAACGUUUAUUAUUAUUAAAAACAAAACUUGGAGCCAUCAACUGCCCUGAGUCUGCAUGCAUGCCUCCCACUGACAUGAGGUGUGGUUUGACCGCAGGAUGGGAAGUUAAGGACUUAAGAGUUCCAGUCUUUGCUCUGUUUCAGAGUAGUAGCCGUGUUAGUCUGUAUUCGCAAAAAGAAAAGGAGUACUUGUGGCACCUUAGAGACUAACAAAUUUAUUUGAGCAUAAGCUUUCAUGAGCUACAGCUCACUUUGCUGUAGCUCACGAAAGCUUAUGCUCAAAUAAAUUUGUUAGUCUUUGCUCUGACACUGUUUCUCUCUGUAGUAUCUGAGCACCUCGCAGGCACCAUCUAUGGCCUGGGACAAGUCACACAAUCCCCCUGCCUCAGUUUCUCCAUCCAUAAAAUGAGGAUAACAGUAAUAAUUAUCCACUUUGCAAGAAUCUUGCGAGAAUUAAUUUGUUAUUGUUUGAAGAGUAGAAACACCAUAUGUUAUUGUGUAUUAUUAUUACAUGAAUGGAAAUUGUAUGCAUGGAUUGAAAGCUGUGUGUGGCUCUAGAAAUGUUCUGAGCCUCAUGUUUUGUUCUGCAAAGCUCAAACCGUCUUUAGGGGGAAGUUAGUGAAUAUUUCAGAUAACUUUCUCAGCUGUUAAAACAAUCAGAUAUUAUAAUAGAAUUGCUAUGCUGUUCUGCCAGCACACAUGCUGCUGGUAACUUUUCUGUUUGUAUUAAUUAUGUUACUGAGGCUCUGAAUUACUUGGCUAUGCCGUGUGGUUGACAUGAAAACGGUAUUUGUGAUAACAGUGGUGCAUAUCUCAGAAUGUCUGGUACUUCUAACAAGAGUAUUGCCCGUUCUACACAAUGUAGGGACAGCAGGGGGUGCAAAAAUGUACAUAAAGCAAUGGAUCAGGACAGAGCCAGAUAAGUCUAUUCUAGUCUUCCAGAAAGCAAGUAAUUUAUUUUCUCUUUACCCCUCUCCCCCUUCAAAAAUAAGGGUCAUUCCCUCCAUAUGAUCGAAUAUAACCUCACGUUUUCUGCAGGUACAUAUGCACAAUGCAAAGUGUCAUUGCCCAGAACAGUGUUUUUAUAGCGGCUAUUUAAAUAGUAUUUUUACUCCUACGGUAAAAUAAGGUCAGUUUAUUAUAAUGUGGUCCUUGCAUAACUGCCCAGACAAGCAGACCACCUCCUUUCUUUACACAGUACACAUAGACCUUUACAAUACUUAGGGCCAGAUCUUCAACUGCUGUAAAUAGGCAAAGUCCCCUAAGCAGCUUUGAAAAUCUCAGCUUUAGUCUUUACUGUGAUGUUCUCUUGUUUAAAUGGAAGACAUAUUUAUAUUUCGCUCAAGCAUAAAAUACCCUUCUUUUCCCCUCAUCCAUUUAAUGUGGAUGGGUAUAAAGAAUCAUGUAAACUUUUUGAAGUAUGUAUGCUAUACUUUUUGACUUGUAAAGUGAAAGGCAGCUUGGCAUCACACCAUGGCCAUCUACAGGUAGUAAAGUGCACAGUGACCUAAAGAAAAGGAGUACUUGUGGCACCUUAGAGACUAACAAAUUUAUUUGAGCAUAAGCUUUCGUGAGCUACAGCUCACUUCAUCAGAGCUAGGUCCCCUGGAAAUUGUAUGGGAAAUGUUGCCAAAUUCUGCUAAAUCUUUGACCUGGAUUCUAUAGAAAUGUUUGGGAAAUCUGCUGAAAGCUUAGUAAGCAAAUUCCCUCAAAAUGUAAAGUUUUUGAACAAAUUUAUUAUUUUUCUUAAUUUCACCCUGAUGUUGCUGAGAACCAGAAGGCUCAUCUAUGUAGCAGAGCAUCCAGUCAGUUGCCUCGUUAAAUCUUGCAGUCUUAUUCCUGUGAAGUGUCCUUUCAGCUGAAUCCAACCACACUGAAUAAGCAUGUUCCUGGACACAGUUAGGCCACAUCCUCAGCUGCUGUAAAUCAGCAGAACUUCACUGAAGUCAAUGGAACUAUGUCAGUGUACACUGACUCAGUCCACGGCCCAUUCGUUUCAUGGAGUUAUACCAGGUAUGAAUUUGGCCCAAUAUAAAGUGAAAUAACUAAUAAGGUUGAUCUAUUCAGAGUGUUGUAAUUAGAUUUCCAAGUUAACACCCUAUUGAAAUUAAUGGGGCAGUUUAUACUUCUUAGAAUUAUUGUUUCACCAUGUCUGUGAACUAAGGAAGACAGAAUUCCAUUGAUUCACAUUAAGAAAAUUGUUUUCCCAAUCAGAAGGGCUAGAACCAUUUUUUUUUUUAAUGACCGCUUAAAUUUUGCAGUGAGCAUUGGGAAUACCCCAAAUCCAUGGGGAGGCAAUAAGGCUAGCUAGGUUCUGUCCUCAAGCCCUAUAAAACCCUAUUGAUAGCAGAGACAUUACAGAGGGCAGAAUUUGCCCAGAUUUGGGUGGAAUGCUUGGAAAAGUCCCUGUGCAUAGCUUUCCAAUGCCUGUGUACCUUUCAUGACAAAAGUACAAGAUGUAUCCCUUCUGCUUCAUAUGAAACAAGUGUAUGGAACUCCAAUAGGCAUGUGUCAUAGAGUCUUCAUGAUCAAUAAAUAUCUUAAGUCAUUAAAAUAUUAAUAAUUUUUAAACUCUGGAAACAAAAUAGUGAAAUUUUACAAGAAAGGAGACCCGAAGUCUUCCUAUAUCUCUUAGAAAUCCUAUCUUGAAGAUAUUUUAUAUCUAACUUGUACAUUUCAUAUAAUUUAAAACUACCUUCUUACAUUUCUACAGUCAAGGAGCAUGUGAAUCUUUUGGCUUUCAGGAUUCACAUUUAAAGGGUAUCCAUUCUUUUGCUGCAUGUACUGUUUGUCCAGAACUAACCAGUUAUUUCUGUAAUCAAUAUGGGUUUAUUGUGCCUUACAACAAAGAUGAAAUCUUUACAGAAUGUAUGCAUUACGGUAGAGAAUAACCAGAAGUCUUUAUUGCACCAUUAGGUGAUAGUGCACAAAGCCUAUCAUCAAAUGUUUUUGUGCUUAUGACCCAACCAAAGAGAUCUAAGGUAUGUAUGUUUGUUGUACUGUAAUAGGGGUUUGUGCCUGGACAGUUAAGUGUUUUAUUUGUAUUCUGAGAUGAUGUGAACUUAUUUUUCUAAACACUAUACUGAAUAAACUUUAUAUUUAUACACA